AUGGUCUCCACACCCCGCUGCCCACGGGAGGACUGCAUCAGUAACCACCUCUUUGCACACUGUGGGUUUGCGGAGAAGGGGUGGAGGAGGAUGAAAGGCUUCGUCCCCGGCAGCUGCGUGACAGAGGACUCUCUGCUCUACGGGCUGUUCCCAGGACGCGCACGGAGACCAGCAUCCGCUGCUGGCAGUUCAUCAACUCGGCCGUCGGUCAAUAUUUCCACAGAAUGUCCACCAGCCCCGGCACCGGGACCGAGCCGGACGAUUGCACUCGCUCCUGAUUGGUCGGGUUCCCCUGCGGCAGUGAUUGGUCGCUUCUUCCCUCGCUCUCUGUUCAUUGGCAGGAUGCUGUUGGAUCUCAGGUUCCGGGGUGGUGCGAUGGCGUCCGGAAAGGCCGUGUACCGGCUGCUGCUUCUGCUGUGGCUGCUGCUGGGGCUGGUGGGCGGAGACUCCCCGAGCACCGGCGCUCCGGAUGGCCUGCUCCACUCUAAAGGCACCGGUCUCCCGUCCUCCAGCGGCCUGGGAGGCACUCGCGGUCCGCCUGAAGCCGCGCCAACCACGGUGCCAGCUUACCUGGCGAAGUGCCCGAGCGCCGGACCGUGCAGCAGAUUGCCGCCGCUCUGUAUGAACUGCUCGAUGCAUUCCAACUGUGUCUAUGGGAAGGAAACUUCGUUCAGCUGUACGGUCAAAUCGGGUGUACAGUGCACAGAUGAGAAUAAAACGGACCAGAAAACAUUUCAGAUAACAAUGGUCUGCCAGUUCUGUUGGCAGCUGCCACCCAGUCAGUACCAUUGCAAGGAAACCACAAAAUGCAAGAGUGUGCGGUGCCCACGGGAAUACUUCAUUUCUAACUGCACAGCCCUGGAGCACGUGCAUUGUCUUGGUAAUCGCACAUUUCAGAAGAAGAUGUAUUGCAAUUGGACAGGAGGUUACAAGUGGUCAACUGCAUUGGCUCUCAGCAUCACUUUGGGAGGGUUUGGAGCAGACCGCUUCUACCUGGGCCAGUGGAAGGAAGGUCUUGGUAAACUCUUUAGCUUCGGAGGACUUGGAAUAUGGACUUUGAUAGAUGUGUUGCUGAUUGGGAUUGGCUAUGUUGGGCCUGCUGAUGGCUCAUUGUAUAUCUGAGCUGCAGGAGAACCUUGUGACAACACCAUGUGGAGCUGUAGAACACAAGCUGUGAUACUUCGGAGAAUGCUAAUUCUGUAAGCGAAUCGCUAUUUUUUAAACAUUUAUUUAUCAAGCUGAGGACUUGCACCAAGUUCAAUUGUUUUGUACAGUUGGUUCCUGUUGGUCUUAUAGGUAAACAGCUUUGAAAAUGAUUAUUGAAAUUACCAAUGAAGACAUUCUUGGGACUCCACAGUGAGGUUUUGCCCUGAUUGCAUCUUUGCAUGGGGAAAUUAUCUGUACAUUUUCUGGUCAGCCAGAGGCCUAAAGACUGUCUGCAAAUCUGACCAUUUGGAUGUGGUGGGUGUGGAAAUCAGCUGACAAAGAUUUUAAAUGUACUUAACGUACAGCUUUCUCACUGAGGAACAAGAGAAGAUGGGAGAUGCAAGCAAAUUAAUGGCUUUGGGCUGCUGGCAGCAAGAGAAACACAGGCAUGUCCACAAAUCACCUGUUCCCAUUUUCUGGGCCUUCUAAAUUUGCUAUUGAUGUUUUGAGUAACAUGGGGAAAGUGGAACUGCUGAUUGUACUCCAUGGGAAUAGCAACAGCAGUUUACUUUAGGUGUGGGUGGGAUUGAUGAUAGACUGGGCUUCCAUUGCACUCCAGUGUGCAAAUGGUGGAUCUGCCAAAGUUCCUUGUGCUGGUGACAAUGAUCAUUCCAAUCUGGGCCAGAUCUUAAGUUCUGCUGUGGCCCCACAGGGAGAUUCAUUGGAAGACUCUGAACUUCUAAUGCCAGACAUUAAAACAGCUGUGGAAUAUGGGUUAGGAAAGCAGGCUGGAAGGUGAGUGGCCUCAGUUAUAUCCCUCACUCCAUGCAUCUAUCAUUCACGUUUUUCUGAGCUGGAAUGACAGAUUUUAUGUUACAAUUGUGUUAAGGGUCUUGAGGCUGACACACCAAGUGCCUGGUAUUUCCAUCAGCCGGUGUUUCCACUGCCUUCCACACAACUCUGUCAAUAGAGAUUCAGUGAAACCUGACAUUCAUGUUUUUCGGUUGAUAAUGCUGCUAUGAUUUAAAUCUGGUUUUAUGAGUUCAUGUGGUUGGAUUCAAUGCUUUGGAUAAGUGUAGAAAUUUACUGUAUAUUGUUAGAAAAAUGUGAAAAUAAACAUCAAUGUG